AUGAACAUGCUCAAGGUAAUCAUCAACCGUCUACUCGAAAACAAAAACCGGGACGCUAAGACCCGCGACAACAUCUAUGGUGACAUAACGCGGGGGGAGAUAAGCGCUCCAGAUGGCCUUCUUAGCCUACUCGGCAGCGAUCGUAACGCAAGCUAUCAAAGGGUAGGGUUCCUGACAGGCUAUGCAACGGCGAUCGGCUUGGAAUCGGAUAUCUUGACAACAGUACAAGCGAGCUUUGCUAGACGACAGAACAACGUGCCGUAUCUCGGCAGAGUGCCUGGUAUAAGCGGCGACAAUGGCUAUGCGAGGGACGACACCGGUAUGACAGGGGCAAGCGGCGCCAGUAAGGAAGUUGGAUCGAACAGUGUCAACGAACGGGGCGACAACCUCGAAGCAAAUGGCUCGGAGGACGUGAAUGUUUCUGCCACAACAGACGGAGACGGCGACGGUUUGUCUGGGGGCGUCGGCGUUGUGGAUAUUACUGAGGUCUGA